AUGGGGAGCUCUGGGCAGGUGCAAGGGCGGGGAGUGCAAUUGCAGCGAGGGAUCCUUCCAAUCAAAACUAAGGGAGCUGUCCUUGUAGGUGAGGUGCCCUCCAAUCAAAGCCCUGGGAACUCUUGGAAGGGGCGGGACAGAGGAGGACAGGCAGGAGAGAAUUCUCCAAUCAAAGCCUCGGGAGCUCUGGGGAAGGGGCAGGACAGAGCGGGGCAAGCGGGAGAGAAUUCUCCAAUCAAAGCCUCGGGAGCUCUGGGCAGGCGCAGACUUGCAGUGCGUGCCAGGUACCUGAGGCAGGGUGAAACCACGGAAGCCAUGAGGCAGUGGCGGAGCUUUUUCUUGCUCCUUAUCCUCAGGGUCCAAGCAUCACAGGCGGACUUCCCAGACAUCGAUGAUGGCGAAUUUAUCCAGGAGUGUGUGGAUACGCACAAUAUGCUUCGGUCACAUCUUAACCCACCAGCAGCCAAUGUCCGGUUUAUAACUUGGGAUGAAGCUUUGGCAAAGACUGCCAGAGCCUGGGCAAAGAAAUGUGUUCCUGAAGGUAAUGCUCAUUUAGAAGAAAUGAGAACAUCUCAUCCUGUUUUUAGUGGCCUUGGUGAAAAUAUAUGGACUGGCCCUGAUAAUGAAUAUUCUGCAACUUUUGCUAUCAAAAGUUGGUUCAGUGAAAACACAUUCUACAAUUAUGAUAAUAACUCAUGUUAUGGCAUCUGUUCUCAUUAUAUUCAGGUUGUUUGGGAUACUACCUACAAAAUUGGCUGUGCUGUUAUUGAUUGUCCUAGGGUUGGAACUAUUCUAAAUGCAGCACAUUUCAUAUGUAACUACGCACUAAGGGGGAAUCCUAGGAGAAGGCCUUAUAAAGAAGGAAGAUUUUGUAGCCAAUGUGAAGUGGGAGAUACAUGCCAAGACAUGCUAUGCAGUAACAUUAGGCGUGACAGAAUUACACAUUAUCAUUUCUGGUAUCCAGAGUGGGAAGUACCUCGACCAAUUGUGUGUGAUCCCCGAUGCAUAUUUUGUUUAGUAUUUAGAUCCUUUUUAUUUUUAGUGGCUGUUGCAAUAGUUUUCCUAUUACAGCAUAAAUUUCCAAAUAUACGGUUAGAAAAAGAUCUAUUGUUGGCUGAAAUAUUAGCACAAAAUAAUUCAGAGAAAGAUAUAGAAUCAGAGAAAGAUGGCACUAAAUUGAAUGAGGUCCAGGAGCCUAAAUCAGGUCGCCACAGGCUGGAGGGUUUGGGAAAGGCCAUAGAACCACUGAGCCUGAAGAAGAGUAAGAAGAAAAAGAAGCGGCGAGGUGUCAAAAUGGAUAGCGCAAGGGCCCUGGAGUCAGGAGAACCCGAGUUCAUAUCUUAG